AUACUUAUAAGUUAAAUCCGGUUCUCAGAGCAGUAGUAAGCAACGAGUCUGUUCAAACAUACGCGUUUUAAUCAUGCUGUUUAUAAUUCUUAUAUCAACGGUUUGUUUUCUUGUUUUUCUUCACGUUUUGUUCAAUUGUCAUGAAAAGGCAAGGUUAGUAAGAAGCAUACCGGGACCUGAUAACAUUUUUCUCAUAGGAAAUGCUUUGGAAUUUCUCGCAACACCAGUUGAAAUUUUUGGACUUACUCGGAAGGCAGCCAACAAGUGGAAGAUUAUUUACAGAUUCUGGGCUUUCAAUUUGGGCGCAGUUAAUGUUUUUACUCCAGAACAUGUAGAGAAGAUAAUUUCAACGUCGAAAUUUAAUAGCAAAAGUAUAUUAUACAGUUUUAUGCGUCCAUGGUUACAAGACGGAUUACUCCUUAGUGACGGAGCGAAAUGGCAACAACGCAGAAAAAUCUUAACACCAACGUUCCACUUCAACAUUCUUCAAAGGUUCUGCGUGAUUAUAGAGGAAAACAGUCGGCGGAUGGUGGAAAUGUUGAACAACUCCGCGGGAGAGAAGGUCGACGUCGUGCCUCUUAUGUCAGAGUUCACUCUCAACUCUAUUUGUGAAACAGCUAUGGGCACUCGAUUUUCGGAGGAGAUGGCCGAUAAAGGAGAGUCAUAUAAAGCUGCAAUCCACAGUAUAGGAAAAGGUUUAGUGCAAAGAGUUACUAGGAUUAUGUUAUUCUCUGAUUUAAUAUUCAACCUAUCAGCUUUUGGAAGGGAACAAAUUAAAUCAAUACAAAUAGUUCAAAAUUUUACGAAAAAAGUAAUUAAAGACAGAAAAGCAAACAUAGAACAAUACGGUGCGGAAAAUCUGGAUGAUAUGGAUAAUAAUGAGUAUAAUAUGAAUAAUAAAAGGAAAAGAACAGCCAUGUUAGAUUUGCUUAUUCAGGCGCAAAAGGUCAACCUUAUUGACGAUCAGGGUAUACAAGAGGAAGUGGAUACCUUUAUGUUUGAAGGACAUGAUACCACAGCAUGUGGCCUUAUGUAUUGCUUGAUGUUGCUGGCCAACCAUAAAGAUAUUCAAGACAAGAUAUUUGAAGAGUUGUUUACUAUUUUCGGCAAUUCGGAUAUUAGUGCGAGCUACGAUGAUUUGUCCAAGAUGCGCUACCUCGAAUGCUGCAUCAAAGAGUCCCUACGACUCUACCCACCCGUGCCUUUCAUCAGUCGCCAGCUCACUGAAUCCACCGAUUUAGGCGGAUACAAGAUACCCAGUGAUGUAUUUUGCCACAUUCACAUCUACGAUCUACAUCGUCGAGAAGAGUUGUUUCCCGACCCGCUGAAGUUCGACCCCGACCGCUUCUUGCCAGAGAACUGCAUUGGACGCCACCCUUAUGCUUACAUUCCAUUUAGCGCUGGACCACGGAACUGUAUAGGACAAAAAUUUGCUAUGAUGGAGAUGAAAUCAGCUAUAUCAGCUAUUUUGCGGCGCUUCGAGAUAUACCCGGUCACAAGGCCUUGGGAUUUGCGCAUAGCGGCUGAUUUGGUGCUGAGAAGUACCGAACCGAUUUACGUUAUUUUCGAAAAACGAAACACUCUGUCCAGUAAAUAAUACUUAGUCUCAACGAACUUAAUAAAUAGAUACUUUCCCACAGUUUUCAAAAGGUGAAGGGUUAAAAUGGCGUAUUCGAAAACCGUUCAUGUCAUGAUCCAUUCAAUUCCGCUGAGUUUCAUCAAUUCGCAUAUGAAUAGGGGAAUCAAGCAAAGUACUUCCAGUCCCUAUUUACCAAGAUCUAAUGGGUUAGCAGAAUCAGGCGUAAAGGUAUGUAACCGCAUAUUAAUGAAGUGCGAAUAAACUAAUGUAGACCCGUAUCUGACUCUAUUACAAUACCAUAAUACGCCUAGGGGGAACUUAGCUUCUUCAGCGCAGUUGCUAAUGUCAUGAGUUCUGAGGACACAAUUGCCAACGAGAACAGAAAAGCUUCAUCCUUAAGUUGUGCGAUUUGCAAAUCACUUGGAAACGAAAAGGAAGAAUAAUUGGAUGCCUGGGAAAAUAACAAGUAUAUCUGAAGAACCUCGAUCUUUUGAGAUAGAAGAAAAAGAUGAUUCGUCGUUGAGAAGAAACAGACAACAUAUUAUUUCUCUUCCAUCAUCAAGUUUAGCUUCAACGUCAGGUCCUAUGUUUCAGAUAGUUGUUGAAGAAGUCAAUGAUGUACCGGUUUAGAGUACUAGUAGUCAUACGUGUACUGGGAGUGGUAGGAUUGUUAGGCGACCACAAAGACUUAAUUUAUAGACUUGACCUAAUGCUCUCCUAUACGUAAAAUAACUUAUUAUUUCAGUUAGUACAGUCGGUGAUAAAAUACAUUUUAUUUAUUAAUUUACAUUCUUAUAAAUAAGUCUUAUGUCUGUCGUUCUUAGUCUAUACUGGUCAAUACAUCGAUAUUAUAAAAUUGCUGACCCAAACAGUCGUUUUAUUUAUAAUUAUAUAUUAUGUUGUCCUUCAAAGGAGUUAAGUAUUAUGUCAUUAAUGACUGCUGCUUAGUCGUUCUUUGGGGUAAGUAUAGCUCUUUCUCAUAACCACUCUAUUGAUUUUUCCAAGAUGAGCGCAACGUAUGGAUAAUUUUUCGAAAUCAGAUUUUCAACUGGUUAUUACUGAAGUGCACAGAUCGGAAAGGACAAAUAUCAUGCUAUCAUCUUUUUCUGGGUAAUCACCGUUACCCAGUUUUAGCAAAAGAUACGAAAAUUGGCAAUCGGAAUCGGAUUUUUGGUUAAUUUUAAAAUUUUAACUGAGGGCCACAUUGAUGAUUUUUUAUAACACGCUUUUAUCUCAUCACAUGUUCCUCUUGGAACUACUGAUGGAGUUUGACGAAAGUUUCCUGCCAGCAAUACAGUCAAACCACCCAUUAAACUUUUGUUUGCUGCGUAUGUCUUGCAGAGUCCUAUUCAAAUCUUUUAUUCCCAUUUUUAUGGGCCAUAGUACUUUCAUCCCAGAUAAUAAUUUUAGUUUUUCUCAAUACUUCUGAAAAUUUGCUCAGUUUUGAAAUAUUACAUAAUAGAGUUUCAUAUUUUUUAGGUUCAGUGGCAAUUUUAAGGCAGAGUUUGCGGUCCGACCGCCUUGCAAAAGUGUUUCGGCAAUUCCUAAAGAAGCCACAGCUAAUACAAUAUCACGUAUGACUCUUAUUUUUCCCAAAAUCAAAUUAAAUAACAACGUUUUGCCGGUUCCUCCAGUAGCGUCAAAAAGAAAAUUUGGCCAUCACUUGCAUUCGCACUACUUACUAUUUGUUCGUAUACUGACUUUUGUUCUUCUGUUAAUAAAUCAUAGUUAUUCCUGACGGGUUAGUCAGGAACAACUAUGAUCUAAAGCUAUCACAUUAUAGCUAGUUUAUUAAAUUAAUCGCUUUAGACCUGCUUGAUUGUUUAAAGCCGACUCCUUUUAGGGAAAGCCCGCCAUAAUUAUAGCCUCUUUUAAUUAAAAGAGGCUUCUUCAAUUUCUUUCAGACAUUUGUUCAACACUUCAUCUGUUAAAUAGUCUAUGUCACCUUCUACCUGCAUUUCGAAUUGUCGUUUAUAUUCAUGUUAUCACAGACUUAAUGGGUCGGACACUUAGCAAAACACUAAUAUGAUAGUAAAAAUAACGUAAAUUUAAAAAAAUAAAAAACUCGACUGCUUUAACCCACGAUAUUAAAUCCCUUAACGAGUGACAAGUAAAAAGUUUGUAAUAAAAAACGUUAAUUUAAAAAAUCAAAAAGCCCGACUGCUUUACAUUACUGCAAAUAAAAACUGAAAUAUAAAAGAAAACAAGUGCAGCAGUCUAUAAUUCUGUUAAGUAAGGGAUAAAGUUACUUUAACAGUCGGGACCCAUUAGAUAUUCA